UCUACUCGUGCACAAACCAACUUCUGCUCACUGCUCACGGAUCAGGACAACAGCUUUAGUGGUACACUUCACUAACUACACACACAGGUGUAAAAAUCACUCAAAGACUGGGUCAUUUUUCUUUAUGAGAGCAAAUAUAAACACGCUUGCUUGCUGUUGAUGUGCAUUUACUGAUAUCAUCUUAUGCGUGUAUGAUAGUCCGAGAAGCAAAUCCAUGUUUUCCUGAGCUCACGUGUACAGCUGCUCUGCAGCGCUCGUCAAGCUGUCGCUAAAGCGAAAAGGGCUUAUUAUGGGAGCUGCUCCUGCUGUCCUAUAUCAGCUCUAGCCAGCCCUUCUUCAGUCAUCUCCGGCCAUGGCUCCAAGUGAACGCUGCUUUCUCAACCCGCAGGGCACACACUCGAGGGAUAGCUGUUUUUAAUCCAGUUUCAUGCAGUGAAAGCAGGUUUAAUUCUCCAAGGCUGCAUUAGCAGCAAUGUGAAGUGUUUUGAGAAAUUUUUGGUGGGGUAAUUUGAUUCAGAAUGAAACGAGGAAGGUCAGGUCUGAAAUCCAAGUCCCACACCUUCCUCUCCCAUGAAGAACCAGCUAAGAAGCAGAAAUGGCUGAUGUCCAGGUUCUCAUCUCCGACACAGGACUGGGGUAACCUGCCCCACCACGUUGUCCUGCAGAUCUUCCAGAAUUUGUCUCUGGUUGACCGGGCCCGGGCCUCGUCUGUGUGUCGGUGCUGGAAUGACGUGUUUCACACGCCUGAUCUCUGGAGGCGGUUUGAGUUUGAGCUCAAUCAGCCAGCCACUUCUUACCUCCGCUCCACUCACCCAGACCUCAUUCAGCAGAUCAUCAAAAAGCAUGCCCAACACCUGCAGUAUGUUAGCUUCAAAGUGGACAGCUGUACAGAAUCUGCAGAGGCAGCUUGUGACAUUCUCUCCCAGCUGGUGAACUGUACCAUCAAAACCUUGGGGCUGAUUUCUACAGCACGGCCAAGCUUCAUGGACGUGUCUCAGGCCCACUUUGUGUCAGCGCUGACAGUGGUGUUUGUGAACUCUAAGUCCCUGUCCUCUAUUAAGAUUGAUGACACCCCAGUGGAUGAUCCAUCCCUGAAGGUUUUGGUGGCAAAUAACAGUGACACCCUUAAGUUGUUGAAGAUGAGCAGCUGUCCCCACGUCUCCCCAGCAGGUAUCCUAUGUGUGGCAGAUCAGUGCCAUGGCCUCAGGGAACUAGCACUGAACUAUCAUCUCCUCAGUGAUGAGCUCCUUCUUGCCCUUUCCUCUGAAAAACACGUCCACUUGGAACAUCUGCGCAUUGAUGUGGUAAGCGAAAACCCUGGCCAGACUCACUUUCACACCAUCAAGAGGAGCAGCUGGGAGGCUUUGGUUCAGCACUCCCCUAAGGUCAACAUCGUCAUGUAUUUUUUUCUCUAUGAGGAGGAGUUUGAACCCUUUUUCUGUGAGGAGACCCCAGUUACCCACUUGUACUUUGGUCGGGCAGUUAGCAAGGAGAUGUUGGGUCGCAUCGGACUGAACUGCCCUCGCCUGGUGGAGCUGGUGGUGUGCGCCAAUGGUCUUGAGCCACUGGACGAGGAGCUGUUUCGCAUUGCAGAGCGUUGCAAAAGCUUGACCGCCAUCGGGCUGGGUGAGUGUGAGGUGACCUGCAGUGGCUUUGUGGAGUUUGUGAAGAUGUGUGGGGGCAGGUUGACUCAGCUGUCCAUCAUGGAGGAGGUGCUAAUCCCAGACAGCAGCUACAACAUGGAGCAGAUUCACAGUGAAGUGUCGAAGCACCUGGGACGCAUGUGGUUCCCUGAUAUGAUGCCGACCUGGUAGAUUGAAACGAUUCCAGAGUGGAGGGCUGUUUAUAAGUGCUCGACCUCUUUGGACACUGAACAAGCAUUACAAGAGUAAGGCCUGUUCAAUUUGACAUUUUAGCAAUUGUUGUUGGUCUUCUUAGUGGAAGAGGGAUGACUUCUGAGCACCAGUAUUGUUUUUCUUCUCUGAAAAUGUUUUGCCUUGUGAAAAAACUGACAGAUUUUCUUCUACCGUGCAUCUGCUUGCCCUUUGUGCGCUGAUAUUGCAAUGUGAAUAUUUGUAUGUCGGCUAGAUUCUUUCAGUCAGUGAAUGUUGAACUAAUUUUUCUGUCAAAGGAAGGUUUCAGCCACCUGUGAAGAGUGUGGGUCUGCCAUCUGCUGGUUGUUGAUUUUAAGUGAAUCACAGUUCAGCAAACGUGUUUCUUGAGAAUAAUUUAAUAUUCUGCUACUAAAGUUUUGGCUUAAGUUAUCAGUUUUCCCAGCAUACAUCACACCUGGAUUCAAGCCAAGAGCGAUUUGCAUAAUUUUAGCAGUGGAGAACAAGAGUUUCCAGUUGGAGGAGAGGAGUCACACCUUUAUGGGAAACACAAUGGGUCUUUUGUGCUCUUCUUGACUCCGUGUUUUAGCUUUUGUGAGAAUUUUAAAUAUUUCAGCCUGUGCUGCAACAUUUUAGUUGCAUAUUUCAGUAUCAGUUAAGCUCAAAGAUUUUGUUUAAAGGCUUCAAACUGACAUGUAGAGUAGGAACUCAGCGAGAUGUCUAAAAGUGUUGACAUCUUCUUGUACUUAAACUUGAAACCAGACUCACUGCUCUUGUUUUCUCACUGCUGGUGUUAUGUCCCUUCUCUUUUUUACACUUAAUGUUAUAAUAUGUUUGAAGUUGGUAAGAAUUCAUUUUUGCUGUAUCGCAGUGAUAUUAGCACAAUCAAAUUCAAUUUAAAUCUGUGGAAUAAUUAAUAUCACCUGAACAUAUUUAUAUAAAAACAAUGUUAAAAUAAUUAAAAUAUAUAUAUAUAUUUUUUUAGAGCUCAGAUAAUAUAUUGAAAUCUCUUUUGUAUUAAAGCACUUAGACAAAAGUUUGCCAUAUUUAAGAUGGGGAAUUUGUGCUGUACAGCUGAUACUGAUUUACUGAUAUUUAUCUUUGUUAGCAAAAGGAUACAAAUUUACCAUGCAAAACAUUUGUUAUUACAAGCUUAUGCAUCAUACUGUAUGAUACAUUAGCAGUAAAUAUUUGUUUUGUUUGUCAGUUUAAAUCAAACUACUUAUUACACAUUAUGUUUAUGUUUUUCAUGUUCAGCCAUUACGAGCUAGGUUUGCUUCUUUGAAGCCACUGUUUCUUUUACAUAUGCUGUAUUUAAUUCUUUAUUUCAAAAAAGGAGGGAAAAUGGUCUUUAUAUGU